AAGAUGCCCCGCCCCGUGACUUGGUGAUGUUGGGGCAGUUAGUGGCGUGUAUGGUGAUGGGAUCGCAGGUUUCAGUUCGAGCUGGCCGGGGCCGCCUGAGGAAAGAGCGGGCUUUGGACGCUGAGAGCAGUGAAGAUUUACUGGGCGACGACAGACAGGAGGACAUCGCGCGGUUCCCUUAUGUAGAAUUCACUGGCAAAGACAGUGUCACCUGUCCGACGUGCCAAGGCACCGGCCGCAUUCCGAAAGGGCUGGUCAAUGAAUUGGUGGCCCUGAUCCCAUACAGUGACCAGAGGCUACAGCCACAAAGAACGAAAUUGUAUGUCUUCAUAUCCAUAUUCGUGUGCUUGCUGAUAUCUGGAUUGGUUGUCUUCUUCCUGUUCCCUCGGUCAGUGGUUGUGAGCGAUGAUGGAAUUAGAGUGGUCCUUGUGAAGUUUGACAACAAUAACUCCAGAGUCUUCAUUGACAUGACCAGUACCCUCAACAUCAGCAAUUCCAAUUUUUAUACAGUUUCUGUGGAUUCACUCACCUGUCAGGUCCAGUAUAUGAAAACUGUGAUUGGAACAAAGCAGCUGAGCAAUGUUUCUGUUAUACCACCUCUGAGUGAGAAACAGGUGAACUACACUGUUCGAAUGGAGUUUAGUGGUUCUCUAACAUAUGUGUACACCUUUUGCACGAUGCCUUCAAUCAAGGUCCACAAUAUUGUUGUCUUCUUGCAGACCACAGUGAAAAGCUCCUAUUUGGGGCAUCCAUCGCAGAAUUCUCUGGAAGCAUACCGCUAUCUGGAUUGUGGGUCCAAUUCUACAGUAUAUAGGAGACCUCCUUUGAAACAUUGAAACCUCCUCCGGUUUGAAUGGGAAUGAUGGUUCAAAGCAACUUCAAUUCUUGUUCCAUUAACAUGGGACCUCUCUCCAUUUUUAGCUGGAAAGUGACCACAGCAAGUAGAUUUGAAACAGCCUUCUGUUUCUGCACACUCCUGUUUUUUGUAAGGCAAGGUGGCCAUGUCCAGCAUCUUUAACAUUGUGUGCUUUUAACCAAAAAGGUUUGAGAGCAAUGCUUUCAACCAUCUUGAGUAGCUGUUUGUUUUUUCUUUGCAAUUAAUGUUUCUUCCUAGGGCAUAGCUUUGUUUCAAAACCUAUCUCCUGUGUGCCAUGCUGCCUAUUCUCUAAGUUUCAUGCAUGAGCCCCUCUCAGUAAUGGGAAUUUUUACAACAUAAACACAAAUGAAUGUAUCUCAAAGCCUCAUCAGACUGGUGUUUUUGUUGCUAUCACCCACCCUGAAUUCCACUCCCUAUUUGUUAGACUAAACUUGAUUGCUUCUCAAGUUUUUUUUGGUUUUUAAAUGGGCCUCUUGCACUCUGGUGCUUUCCCUUUCACUUAAAAGGUUGUAAAUGUGCUUGGAUCUAAAACAGCCAAAAGAACCUACAGUUUUAAAAACAACAGACUUAAGUACACCAAGUUAGCCUAGGGGCAUUCAGUAGCUUCAACACAAGUUGAUGCAAAUGUUGGGUGUGAAUUAUUUGCACCAAUAGAUAUCUGUAAAACUUUCACACUUGAAUUGAGAAUCCCUAACUAGGGAGUAUGUGAACAGAGGAUUGCCAGCAAAGUGAAGGACUAAAUGAAUGCAUCACAAAUUAACACACAAUGGAGAUUUAUAUUAAACCACCUUGAUGCGUUUUUAAAGUUGUGCAUAUUUUUAAACAAUGCUUGCAUUCCUACCACAGUAAUAUUCAAAACCCAAACUGUUGGUUUUACAGGUUGACCAGUUGCAUGGCUAAAAAACACUAACUUUUUUAUGUAGCCUGAUGCAACAGCUUUCCACCCCCACCUCAACCCCUAAAUUAUUGACUCCUGGUUCAGUGGUUUUUCUCUCCAGCUAUGCCAUUCUUUGUUGCACUGUGUUGUCUAUUGACUGUUCAGUGAUUUUUGUAUAUUUUAAAUGGCCAUACCCACUUGUACGAGUGCAGAAGGCAAACACUGACAGCUGAAGUCAUGUUCAGAUUACCAAAAUAGAAGGGAACAGGUCUUAACUAGCUUAAUUGAAAACUGUUUACAAGCUGUUUUUUAAAAUCUGUUGCAUGGCUUGCCAAUUGUUGUGUCCCCUAAAGGUGACAUUCAUGAAUGUUUUAGUUUUCCCUAUGGGCCAAACUGAACUUCAACAAAGGGAAGACUGAUGAAAUCAGAAUCUCCAUAACUAGGAAAGAAUGGAUUUUAUUUUGUAAUUUAUUCUAAGAUGUUUUUGUACUCCCAGGGUAUUCUAUAUGAUAGACAGGAUUUGUAAAAAGGAACAAAAAACAAACACUGGAAGCCUGCUGUGAAUUGAUUUAACUCAAUCAAAACUGAAGUUUGCCAAGUCUAAAUUCAUGAACUGACAUGGAUGAUUUUUUUGUUGGGAAGAUUGGAAUAUUGGUUUGAUUUGCUGGUGUAAAAUGUAAUGAAACAUACCUUCUAUCUGUGUGCUAGGCUGUAAAAAAUGUAACUAGCCAACAGAGUUCUAUCACCAAUGUAGUAACAAAAGCAAUGGUAGCUAGGAACCCUGAAGACAAGUUUUUAAAACUUGAGAUCCCGAGUAAGUGAUUCAGUAAUACUAGGGAGGGGAAAAGAGACUUUCCUAAAAUGUAACUCCUCAUCCUUGCCUCUCUUGGGUUCUGGUAAACACUGUCAAAUUAAUAUCACUGGUUCAAGCUCCUCUCUUAGCUGACAGUAUGAAAAUCCUCUAACAAAUUGUCGGCCAGUAUUAUACUUGUGAUGAGGAUUGUUUUUAAUUCAACAUUAAAGCUCUUGAAGCAAUCUCUCAGCAUUUUUACAAUGCAAAGUUGACAGUUUGAAAGUUUCACUCGCUGAAGGCUGCUGCACAAGUCCUCCUUUGCCACCCUUCGUUCAAAGAAUGAGCUAAUGCUUUAGAACCAUUGUUUCACACCCAUGGUGAAUGAUAGAAAGUUAACCCUAAAAUAUGCACAGGCUUAUGGUUUGAGCAAUUAACUGUUAACAAGAUUUUUCUGACUUAAAACAACACCCCAGUAAAUUGCUUUUGUGUAAGAGGCUGUUAGUGUGUCUUGAUCCUCAAUUCCUCACCAUUGGGCAAAUAUUGAACGUCUGAGGUAGCUUUUGGACAGUCAUAUCACAGAUUUCCUGUUUCAGUGGCUGUUUUGAUUCUUCUGUAGAAGGGCUGGUUUUUAAAUCAAUUGUGUAUUGUACUACAUUGUAUACCAGAAAGAAAUUUAGACCUAACUAGGCUGGAAUACCUUGGCACUCUGAACUGAUGUGCAUUGUUUGUUUGUUUAAAUGUAAUGCUGUCAGUUAUUGAGCACUUUUUUCAAAUAAAUGUUUAUGGGACUAAUGUAUUGGCUUAUUUCAGCAGUGGUAUGAACAGUUGCUCUGGGCUUUUAAAUGUUUCUUGCUACUGUGCCAAUUGCACUUACUAGAUUGUGAAUCUAGUACCAUGCCUUGACUGUAAAAUCUUUCUAAAUGAGCUAUUAAAGUAAUCACCUGAA